AUGCCUCAUGCCUUGAGUAAUACAAGAGCUAUCGAAGCUCAUUUCCUUCGCAACGCUCUCGAUGUCUUGAUCAUUGGGGCUGGACCUGCCGGUCUUUCGGCGGCUUUGUCCUUGGGACGCGUCCAUCGGAGUGCGGCUAUCUUCUAUUCAGAUGGAGACAACAUACCUGCAUGCCCCGACAUGCAUGCCGAUGAUGGAAGACGCACGAAGUCAGUUCAAACUGACAUGAUAGCCGAAUUGGAGACAAAGUUCAAGACUGUCCUUUUCACCAACACAGCGGCCAAGUCUGUUCGCGAGAGCGGCAUGAUAUUCGAGGUGGUUGAUAAAGCCGGUCGGUACUGGAAAGGGAGAAAGGUUAUUCUUGCUAUGGGCAGUCGGGAAUCUCUCCCAGAGAUACCAGGCUAUCAAGAACUAUGGGGGACGAAGAUAUUUGACUGUUUCCAGUACCAUGGGGUUGAAACGUCACAUGUCACUUGUGCUGCUGCUUUGAUCACCUCGGACGACGAAGAGUCUAUAGACUCGGCCAUUCUCUCUGCUCACCUGGCCCGUCAGUACACUCCCGAUAUAACCCUGUUGGUCAACGGCGUCCGACAUCUCGAGCAACAUCCACACUUUAUUACUACUGCAAACCGGGGCUUCAAGAUAAACAGCAAGGCUAUCAAACAUUUCUCGACAGCUGGUCCACACUCAGUUACUGUUGAGUUUGCAGAUGGGACCAAAGCUACAUAUGGGUUUAUAGCUCACAAGCCUAGAUCAGACGUCAAAUGUUCAUUCACAAGAGAGCUAGAUCUUGAGAUGACAUCACAGGGGCGCAUCUUGGUUGGAGGCGAUUUCCCCGAGACCAGCAUCCGAGGUGUUUUCGCCGCUGGUAGCUGUGCUACUACGAUUGAUGAUGAGGCGGUAGAGAUAAGUAGCGGGAUAGUAGUUGGUAUGGGUGUCAAUCUGCAAAUUGCCGAGGAUGAUGCAAGCUUGUAG